UGCUCGACCCCGACUCUACGCCGCAAACGCUUUAAAAUGCGGCGCAUGAGAAACGUCCCCAGUGAGAGGGCGCAGGAAAGAGGACAGCUAAGUGGAAGUCACCUUAAGGCUCGUUCUCACUCUGGCUCCAAGGAAUACCUUCAGCUACCUUCCAUUGAAAUCACGCCAUCCAGCGAUGAAGAUGCUCCCUCUUCGUGGUCUAGAUGCUCUACGCCCAGUGCCUCUCCACGGCGGAAGCGUUUCCUGUUGAGGAAGUGGCUGAAAGUCAGAGAGAAGAAGGACCAAGGCAGUGAGAGCAGCAGUCAGCAAAGCAGCCAACAAAGUAGCCAUGAAGAUGAUACCACUCGCUUCUUAACUCCACUAAUAAGAGAGGGCAGCACUGCCAGUAACUCAAACAAGAGCACUCCUGCUUGCUCACCAGUCCUGCGCAAACGCUCACGCUCACCCACACCACAGAGCCAGGAGGGUGACAACAUGGUGGAGAAGGGCUCGGACCACUCCUCAGACAAGUCCCCCUCCACGCCCGAGCAGGUUGUCCAGAGGACCUACUCACUGCAGUCGGCACGCAGCGGGGGAAAGAACUCAAAAUCUCACAAGCGACUUUCCAAAAAGAGCCAAAGCUGGUACAACGUGCUGAGCCCCACAUACAAGCAGCGCAAUGAGGACUUCAGGAAACUCUUUAAGCAGCUACCUGACACAGAGAGACUCAUUGUGGACUAUUCCUGUGCUCUGCAACGGGACAUCCUCCUACAGGGACGACUCUACCUCUCCGAGAACUGGAUCUGUUUCUAUAGCAACAUCUUUCGCUGGGAAACACUGCUGACUGUAAGGCUAAAGGACAUCUGCUCAAUGACGAAAGAAAAGACUGCCCGCCUCAUUCCCAAUGCCAUUCAGGUCUGCACUGACAAUGAGAAGCACUUUUUCACCUCUUUUGGAGCCAGAGACAGGACAUACAUGAUGAUGUUCAGACUAUGGCAGAACGCGCUGCUUGACAAGCCGCUUUGCCCCAAAGAACUGUGGCACUUUGUCCACCAGUGCUACGGCAAUGAACUCGGCCUGACUAGUGAUGACGAAGACUACGUUCCCCCUGAUGAUGAUUUUAACACCAUGGGGUUUAGUGAAGAGAUUCCAAAUGAGGAAAAUGAGAUGAACAAUGACAACUUGUCUAAAAGCAGUACUGAGGCCAAGCCUGAUGGGAGUCCACCUCUUCUUCAAAAGAAGGUCAUCCCAAACAGCACCAUCGAUCGCACGGGCAACAAUGAUACACCGAUCACAUUUGAACUCUCCACAGACGAUUUCACAGACUGCCAACCUGAUAGCGAGCUGCUAGCUUUGCCUCUGCUGGUGGAAGAGAAGAGCAAUGACCCCAGCAGGACUGGUGGUCCUGUCCCCUCGCCCUCACUCGACUUCAAUGACAACGAGGACCUCCCCACAGAACUCAGCGACUCUUCAGAGACACACGAUGAGGGUGAGGUUCAGGCCUUCCACGAGGAUCUCAAUGGGAGGCAGCACAUUAACGAGAUCUACAAGUUCAGCGUUGACAAGCUUUAUGACAUCCUCUUCACAGAGUCACAGUUCAUGAGCGACUUCAUGGAGCAACGGCGAUUUUCAGAUGUGGUUUACCACCCUUGGAAGAAAGAGGUGGCCGGGAACCAGACAAGGGAGAUCCUGUACACCAUCUCUCUGUCUAAUCCUCUUGCUCCCAAAACAGCCACAGUCACUGAGACACAGACUCUGUACAAAGCCAGUCAAGAGAGUGAGUGCUAUAUCAUUGACGCUGAGGUCAUCACACAUGACGUUCCCUACCACGACUACUUCUACACCCUCAACCGCUACACGCUCACCCGAGUGGCUAAGAACAAAUGUCGCUUACGAGUAUCAACAGAGCUGCGCUUCAGAAAGCAACCAUGGGGGCUGGUGAAAGGUUUCAUCGAAAAAAACUUCUGGAGCGGGCUGGAGGAGAACUUUCGCCAACUCGAGGUGGAGCUGUCCAAGCUAGAGGAGAUCCUGACUGAAGCCCACCAGCUCUCCCCGAAGGCUAAAUUAGUGAAAAACGCCACAGUGAGGCGAAAGAAGAGGCCUACCCCCCACAUGCGCAGCCAACAUCUGGAUGAAGCUCUCAGUCCUGUCACCACACCAACAGACGAGGAAGUGAUUCAGUGCAUCAAACAGGUGGCGGGCUCCACGCAGACCAGACAUCAGAGUCCGGAGCAUCGUCGCCUGCCUGGAGGCUUGGCAAUCUACAGUGUCUCCAAGCUGUUGCUCAUCAUCAGCUUUGUGAUCUGUCUAAGUCUUGUCCUGCUGGUGUUCCUCAAUAUGAUGCUAUUCUACAAGCUAUGGAUGCUGGAGUACUCUGCACAGUCUUUAACUACCUGGCAAGGUCUGCGGCUGCAUGAAAGUAAACUUCCUCAGACACAAAUGGAGUGGGCCCAGCUCCUGGAGGCACAACAGCGUUUCCAUGAUACCGAGCUGCAGAAGUGGCGUGAGAUUAUUAAAUCAUCCGUGGUCCUACUCGACCAGAUGAAAGACUCUUUAUUAAACCUCCAGCGCGGCAUCAGUUUGAGGGACUGCAGUUCAGAACCUGAUGACAAGAGGACUCAGUACCACUGA